AUGGUCAACACACGCGCUGCCGCCGUGGUGCUCUCCGCCCUUGCCCUCGUCUCUGCUCAAGCAAAUUCAAACUCGACCUUUAAGAUCGAUCCUACUGAAGUCGACAUCUCCGAUCGCGUCAACUGGUGUCAAGGGCAGCAAGACAGUUGCAGCACGAUUUGCGGAUCAGUAGUACAGAACGGAUGUUCGGUGGAUACUCUGGAUUUCCAGUGCGUUUGCCAGGGCGGCAAUGAGCCGGAUAUGAAUGAAUUCAUGAACACGGUGCCUUGGUUCGUUUGCGAAAGACUUCAGAGUGACUGCAUCACGCAAAACGAGAACAACGCUGCCGGCCAAAAGAACUGCACAUCGACAUUUGGUGACAAGUGUGGCACGGAAGAUGUGGACAAGCACAAGGGAGAGGGCAGCGUGAGCUCGACUAGCAGUUCUAGUGCAGCUCCUAGCGGGACUGCUACUCCCGCCAGCUCCGCCGCUCCGAGUUCGUCUUCCGAGGCUGCUGCCGUCCCUACCCAUAUUCAAUAUCUUGGAAAUGGUGCCGCUGCUGUGGCUCUCGGCAUGAAGAUCGCCUUGAGCGGCGUUGUAUUCGACAUAUCAAACCCAGAGAUGGCGAGCUCCAAUGAAUUCACCGUACCAGUCGGCACUUGUCAUUCAUUUGGUAUAGAAUUAGAAUUCCUGGUAGCUUAUUUACCGAAUAAUGAGCCUGAUCCGAAUGAAACCGAAGCUCACUUGCUCCCCCCUCUACUACGAGUCGAUACCUCUAACUACAAAGCCACGAUGGAAAUCAGGGAAAGCAUUCGCGCUACUCUUAGGGCAAAUGGGGUUCCUGUUUCUGAAGCUAGGAGUAGUUACACUGCGUCGGCAGAUUCGACGAGGGACGAGUCACCUUAUCGACUUCGUGAGAAAAAGAAAUGGAACGUCGCUCUGGAUAGUAGUCUUGGGGAAAGGUUCAUAGAUAAAUACAAGUGGCAAGCUAUCGAAAUCCAAAGCCCAGCGUUAUGGGCAACGGACGAGUCGUUUAAGGAGAUUGAGUACGUUACCAACGUCCUCACAUAUAAUUACCGCCUCCGUGUCAAUCCGACAUGUGGUUUCCACGUUCACAUCGGGAAUGGAACAGAUUUCUUCACAGGUCAGGAAAUCAGGAGACUAGGUAUGUUCCUCUGGGCUGCUGAUCCGAUUCUCUCACGUCUACACCCCCCGUGGCGCAGGGUUCACUCAUAUUCCGCAAGUGUUCGCUACCAUAGCCGACUAGCUACUGAAGGAAUUACCAGCAAAGAUGUCCGAAAGGAGUUGGACUCGUGGUUGUCAACCGAUGACCCCAUAGCAAUAACCAAAUUUUCAUAUACCACUAGGGAGGAAGAGGCAUUUGGCAGCGUGGAGAGAUGGGAAGCAUACGCAAAGUGGCGUAAUCGUGUAGGUCCAUUCAUAACGUUAAGAGACGAUAUUGGUAAUGCAUCGACAGAAGACUCACCAGAUCAAUCUCCCAGCGACCCAGAACCUUCCCUUCUACCAUCUUGGGAGGCAGUGGAGGUUAUAGGACGUCACCUACGCGAACAGGAACGGGAGAAAGAUGUACCCCCCGAGGAUCAUACACUACACAGGAAUAUAGGUUGGAUUCGCUGGGAUGCGUUGCAGGAUACCAAAGUCAUCGAACAUGUUCAUUUCCUUUGUAAAGACCGUUUCGGAACCACAAACCCCACCGAACUUGAUACGUUCGACCAGAUACAGCUUGUGGUUCUCGCACAAUGUGCCUUUAUGUAUGGUAGUAGUAUCAAGGACAUAGAUGAUGAGAAAUUCUACAAAGUUUUACUAGCGAGCGCGCCAUAUCUCGAAGCUGCGCGUUUCGGUUGGCAAUACGAUCCAAGUGCUAACAACUUCUUCCUAGCAUCAUCUACCGUUGGCCCCAUACUCUCAAAGCCAAGACCGAAGAAGGAAGAGCGGAUCGACUCGCCCUAUAUCAUCAGAAAGUGGCAAAACAUAGUCGAGCUAAUGGAACCAGAUAAAGAUGACGAUCGCCCCAGCUUCUCUGAAUACAAUGAAGCCAUACAGACGAACGAGGGUAUCUCGAGUCUCUUCGAGAAAUUUAGAUCCCGCGCCGACUCUCCAUAUUCCCAGUAUCAGCGCGACAUGCCGUCACCGCCGCAUUUUGAUUUUAGCCCUACACCAUCUCCUACCACCACGAUCGCUUUAUCAUCUUCCCCGGAUACCCCUGAACCAAAGUCCAGCCCUCUCGAUCCCAACCCAGAGCCUCUACCCAAAAUCCCAUCUUCUAACGAGUCAUCUAACGAUUCGUCACCUAAGCCACUAAAAAGGGUUUCCAACACACAGUUCAGUCCUUCCCCCCCCUCCGUCGACGUCGAGUCCGAGGACGAGGACGAGUCUUGGCCACCGAAGAUGCGCCCCCACGAUGUAAACAAGAUCACAGCCCUCUACCAGUGCGAAGUCGCCAAGUACGUCACGGUCCCCGACGCAAUGUGGGACCGCAUCGGCUGGGUUCCGUCAAUACUCAACCCCGUCCCGGACCCAGCCGGCGAGGACGCCAAAAACGACCCCAUCUUCUCCAACGCGUUCAGGUACGAGAACUCGGCAGCAAUCAAGGCGCACCCCAUUACUUCGGGAAUCCAAGGCAUCGCCAACCUCGCGGCCUGCGACUCGGCCGUGGCCGUCGCGACGCUGCUCGAGGGCCCCUUCUGCCGCCGCCUCAAUUACAACUUCAAGCACUACUCGGCGCCGGCGUUGACAGACGACAGGGAGGAGGGGUUCAUGUCGGCGAACUCGCGCACGAUCGAGUUCCGCGAGGCGGCGGGGACGCUCGACGCCAAGUGGAUUUCGACGUGGGCGCGCGUCACGACGGGACUUGUGCGGUUCGCACGACGCGCGAGCCCUGUUGAUUUCCUGGCCGUUCUGGACAGGCUUAUAGAGCAGGAGGAGCGCGAUAUCGCUAUCAAGGCGGCUAAGGCCAACAGGACUUACGAUCCUGCAGACUACCGGGAAGAGGAUAGGUAUGAUGUUUGCGACUUGCUCGAGGAUGUCGGGUUGUUCGCUGAUGCUGCUUUAAUUCGGAGGCGGGAGCAGGAGCGUGGCCCGCCCAGGUGACGGGGUGUAGAAACUGGAUAUCAUCCGAAUCUCUGAGUGGG